AUGGCCAGCUCCUUUGAAAAAUCCGUCAAAGGCGCGACCAAGAUAAAGGCCGCGCCGCCCAAGACGAAAUACAUUGAGCAUAUUCUGGUUGCUACACACUCCGGCGAGGCCGGGGUCGCGGAGGUCUUUAGAGCUUUACAAAAUAGGUUGCGCGACUCUACAUGGACCGUCGUCUUCAAGAGCUUAAUCACCGUUCACCUCAUGAUCCGUGAAGGCUCUCCCGAUGCCACGUUAGCGUACCUUGCCCGGCAUAGGAAUAUGCUGGCUAUCAGCUCUUUUACCGAUGCGCAAACUCAAGGUCGAAAUAUCAGGCAUUAUGCUGCCUAUCUCACAGAACGAGCGAGGGCGUACAGAGAUACAAAGGUGGACUGGGUCAGGACCAAGGAGACCCGGUUAGAAAAGCUCUCAGUAGAGAAGGGCCUCUUGCGGGAGACCGAGGUCAUACAGCGUCAACUGGCUGCUCUACUGAAGUGUGAUGUUCUCGAUGAGCCUGAGAACGAAAUUACCAUCACCGUGUUCAGACUUUUGGUUCUCGACCUGCUUCAGCUAUUCCAGGUACUCAAUCAGGCCAUGAUCAACAUCCUCGGCCACUUUUUCGAGAUGUCAAAACCAGAUGCUGAGCGUGCCAUGGAAAUCUACCGAACGUUUACCCGUCACACCGAUUUCGUGGUGCAGUACUUACAGAUAGCAAGACAGUAUGAACACCACACACGAGUCGAAGUGCCCAAAUUAAAGCACGCACCGGUCAACCUGGGCCGUCAACUCGAGGACUACUUGAAGGACACAGAUUUUGAAGUUCACCGGAGGCAAUAUUUGGCCGAAUUGGACGUCAAGAAAACCGGAGCUAGCAGCUCAAAGACAAACAAGGCUGAUGCGGUCGCCACGGCAAAGCAAUUUCCUGAUGCCAGUACGAAUGGCGCAUCUUCUCAAGGAACAUCACAGCCGCCUGGAGCUGCGAAGGGCCCGGCCCCUGAUCUGAUCGAUUUCUUCGACUCUAUUGAGCAAAACCAGCAACCCAUGGCAACAAGCCCGCAGCAGCUACAGCAACAGCAGCAGCAGUCAUUGCCGCAACCAAAUAUCGGGAACCCGUGGGCUACGGCUGGGCAGUUCAACAACAUGCCACAGCAAACAGGCCAGCAGUUCCCGGCCAACAAUUUCAUGCCCCAACAAGAUGCCUUUUCCAACGGGUUUCAGCAGCAGAAUACGGGUGCCUUCAACGUCCAACAGCAGCAAGUACCGCAGCAACAGCAAUUGCAGCCAAACUUUACCGGCGCCGGCUUUGGAGGGUAUACUCCGCAACCCCAGCAGAGCUUCAGCCCCGGUGGUCUUGCCCCUAUACCACAGAAUUCUGUGGCUUCCUUCCAAACAGGAACCUUGUCGCCUCCCAUGCAAACUGGACUGCAACCGGGCCAGCAAACGACGAACCCCUUCCGGCAAUCGAUGCUCAUGGCCAACCCAACCGGCAUGUCAAACCAGAUGCCGUCCUUUACAAAUGCUGCCAGUCCGCCAGCUGCUUCUUUACCGCAGCGCCAGUCUACGAAUCCCUUUGCGCGGUCUUCGUCAAGUCCUUUUGGAAAUAAUGGUUCUACUUCUCCAUUCCAGUCACAGCCUCAACAAGCGCCAGCAGCCCAACCGUUGCAGCCUGCGCAAACGGGUACAAACCCUUUCGCCAAGAACUUUGGAGGUGGCACAGUUCAACAAGCCCAGCGACCUCAAACAAGCAGUGGUGCGCUCAUGCCCCAACCUACUGGAAGUACAAACCCGUUUCGCCAGGGCGAUUUCAUGAACCACCAGACGGGACUGGGUUGGCAGCACAACCAAGGAAGAAUAGGGGGCGGCUUUGAUGAGAUACAGUCGACACCAGUCUUCCCGAGGCCCAGCACGGGGGCAGCUUGGCAGAGCUAA